AUGAUUCUCGAAAAGGAAUUAGGCGCCCUUGCUUCUCGCGCCGAGGGCAUGGGUCUCACGCGAGUGCUCCCGAGAGAAGCCAAGGAAACAUGUCGCAAUGAUCAAUUCUCGAAUACCUGUGAAAAGCCCGGUAUGAGCACAGGCGAGAUCCUACUAAUUCUCUUCAUCGCUAGCACCGUCGUAGCCCUUGGCGUCGUCGCUCUGCUAUGCGUUCUCCAUCGUCGUCGCAAACGCCUAGAUAAACUCGAAGACCCGAAAGAUUUCCAAGAACUCGACGACUACGGUGUUGCACCGAUUAAGCAAAAACCCGCAAAUAUGCCCCGAGCACCACCGCCGACGUAUGAACGAUCACAGGACAGGAAGGAAAUGAAUACGGCUUCGCCUGCGACUACGAAUGAGAAUUGGGGACGGCAGAGGGACUCGACUGAUUCGUUGACGCCGUCGCUUCGGCAAGCUAUGGGGGUGACGCCCCGUGACACAUUGGCCAAUAGCUAG